UCAGUGACAUCGUCGGAGCUCCCCGCGACUCCUAUUAGAUAAGUGCGGAGUCGCCCUGCCCGUCCUUUGUCGUCGUGCAUUCAUCGCUCACGAGAGUUCCUCAUCACCUUCAUACCAAUUCUCACAUUUACCUUUUUCAAAUUAUACACAAUGGAUUCCGAAGUCAAGUACCUUCUCUCCCUGCGCGCCAUCCGGGAGCGGGCGAAGAUCGUUGGGGAUGUCGCCAAAGCCGGGAACUUGAGCCACUUUGAGGUUCGGGAAGAUAAGCUGGAUGAGGUGGUCGAUUUCGUGGCUUCAGUUAUCAAGCGUGAUUACGGCCCAGACAAGUUCCACACAAUCCCCCCUCAUGGACGUUGGCAGCACUUUGAAGUCGGAAAUGUGCCCCGCAUUACGAACGUCAUAGAAGAGUGGAAGGCAAACGGAAGCGACGAGACCGAGGUUACCCGUCGCCUUAUCGACCUCUUUUUUGUCUCUGUGCUUUUGGACGCCGGUGCAGGUGAUCAUUGGCGAUACAAGGAGCCCAAGGCCGACCAGGUCUAUGAGCGGAGUGAGGGCAUCGCCGUAGCCAGUCUCCAUAUGUUCAACGCUCUGGCCUUUACCACGUCAGCUGACAAAGCCAACCCUAUAGUUGAUGGAAAGGGUUUGGAGCGCUUGGAGACAAGUGCACUGGCAGAGGGCUUCCAGGUUUCAGACAGCAACCCCAUGCUGGGAGUUGACUCUCGCGCCGGUCUCCUCCGGAGCCUCGGAAAGUCACUCCUAGAGCAUCCUGAAAUUUUUGGAGCAGAGGGCCGUCCAGGCAACCUCGUUGAUUACCUGGUCAAGUCUGCCAAGGGGUCCUUCAAAAUCGACGUACUCUAUCUCUGGGACAUUCUCCAGACACUUUUGAUUCCUGCUUGGCCCAAGGAUCGCACAACUAUUGGCGGAACGCCAAUCGGUGAUGCCUGGCCGUUGAGUACUUUAAGCAAGGGAGCAGAGGCCGGCAGUUCCGACUCCCCUGCGGCCGGCAUUCAACCCUUCCACAAACUGACACAGUGGCUCACCUACUCCCUGAUGGUCCCAUUCCAACGGGUCCUCGGUCUGGACUGGAUCAAUGCUGACUCUCUCACGGCCUUGCCGGAGUACCGCAACGGCGGACUGUUCGUCGAUAUGGGUGUUCUGGCCCUGAAGAAGGAGACGCUGGAGCGAGGCCUGAAAGCAUCGGGCAGCGAGCUGCCAAUGUUCGAGGCUGGUGACGAUGUCAUCGUGGAGUGGAGGGCCAUGACGUUGGUGCUGAUUGAUAGUCUCUAUGGCAAGAUUCGGUCUCGCAUGGGAGAGGGUGUCCAGUUGAGCAUGGCACAGCUGCUCGAGGCAGGAACAUGGAAAUCUGGGCGCGAGACGGCAGCAAAGUUCCGGCCACAGACUAAGUCAAGCCCUAUCCUCAUCAAGAGCGAUGGCACUGUCUUCUAGGGCUGAGUGGAUGAUGGUGCAUCAAGGCAGGGCGGUCUGCUAAAAAAAAAUAGGGAGCUGGCUCCAAGCUUGUUUAGUUUGGUAGAGGGACUAGUCGAGCCCGCAUACCCGUGAUUCCAAUUGCCGGAACAUGCUUGCUUCUCUCGAUACUGGUAGAAGCAGAGUGAUUGGUCCUCGACAUGGACAAAGGAGGGGAAACUGGAAACCUGUGGCUUGUUUAGAUUCAAAGAUCGUCACCGUGGCGCGCACCGUCUCCAAUAAUCGUGGCGCUCCAAUCCCCCAGAUGCCCAGCUAGGCUUCGUGGGGUGGUAGGUAGGUAGACCAGCAACCAGAAUAAUAUGAUGCUACUGGAUGCUUCCGAUUAUCCUUUGGAUGCGAAC